UUAAGUGUAAUUGGAGUUGUCAAGAAAUCCAGAUUUUAGAACCAAAUAUUACAUUCAAGCUUUUAGAGUACUUGUUAGUGUAAUUGGAGUUACCAAGAAAUCCAGAUUCUGGAACCAAAUAUGUAUCUAUCUCAUCUAUCGUUGCCCACAUGCACACGCUCUGCUGCUUUAUUUCAGGGAAAACUGGUGCAGAACAGCUCGACAGCCAGUAAGGAGAGAGGAGUCGGAAUGUUCAUUAGACGGCGUUACAUGAGGACUGUAUGUCUCACCAAAGUUCCACGCAAUGCAAAUUUAGAAAAACUGCAAAAUGGUUACUUGUUCCCAGAGAUUUCCAGACAUGAGUUUGAACAUGUCCAAAAGUACCCAAAUGUGAAAUUGAUAAGCCUUGGGGUUGGGGAUACUACGGAACCUAUUCCAGACAUCAUCACAUUGGAUAUGGCCGCACACUCCCGUGCUCUAUCAACAGUUGGGGGGUAUAGAGGUUAUGGAGCUGAGCAAGGGAACAAGGAAUUGAGGAAGGCAAUUGCGGAAACUCUGUACCCUGACGUACAUAUUAAAGACACCGAAGUCUUUGUCUCAGACGGUGCACAAUGUGACAUAUCUCGCAUUCAGUUGCUUCUAGGACCCAAUGUUACAAUGGCUGUCCAAGAUCCUUCCUUCCCAGGAUAUGUCGAUACAAGUGUUAUAAUGGGAAGGAGUGGGAAUUUUCAGGAAGAAAAUGGCAAGUAUGGAAAAAUAGAGUACAUGAAAUGUGGACCAGAGAAUAACUUCUUUCCUGAUUUAUCAAACACACCGCGGACUGAUAUCAUUUUCUUCAUCUCCCCAAACAAUCCAACUGGUUACGCUGCAUCAAGAGAUCAGUUGGAGAAACUGGUCAAGUUUGCAAAGAAAAAUGGCUCAAUUAUCAUCUACGACUCUGCUUAUGCUGCAUACAUAUCAGAUGACAGUCCUAGGUCUAUCUUUGAAAUUCCUGGUGCCCGAGAGGUGGCUAUUGAGAUAUCAUCCUUCUCCAAAUUUGCUGGCUUCACUGGUGUUCGACUUGGUUGGACAGUGGUACCUGAAGAGCUUGAAUUUUCAAACGGGUUUCCUGUAAUAAAUGAUUUCAACCGUGUCGUCUGCACUUGCUUCAAUGGCGCUUCGAGUAUUGCUCAAGCUGGUGGUCUAGCUUGUCUUUCUCCAGAAGGCUACAAGGGAAUCCGAGGUGUUAUUGAUUUCUACAAGGAGAACAUGAAAAUUCUGCUCGAGACAUUUCAAUCACUUGGUUUAAAGGUGUACGGCGGGAAGAAUGCUCCAUACAUUUGGGUGCAUUUUCCUGGUUCAAGUUCUUGGGAUGUUUUCGCCAAGAUUCUUGAGAAGACUCACAUAAUCACAAUUCCAGGUACAGGAUUUGGUCCAAAUGGUGAAGAAUACAUAAGGGUUAGUGCUUUUGGUAACAGGAAUUCAAUCUUAGAAGCUUCAGAGAGGUUGACAAAUCUUUUGAAAUGAAGCUUCUGCAUUUGUACAGUGUGUAUAUUGUGAUUACAGUUUAUGCCCUGUAAAAUUUACCAUGAAAAUAAAUUUGUUGUUGAAUAAAAUGUUCAGUUG